ACAAGCACAGAUUCGAUGCAAUAAUGUGCGCCUUUUAACAAAGCAGGAGCCUUGCUGUAGUCAAUUAUGCUGUACUUAAAUACCUUUUUGCCAAGUGUUUGCAGACGCUGUUUUGCAGAGAAUCUCUUAUGGAGAAGAGGAUUGACUACUACACAGAAUCUGUCAAGAACAAAGCUCGUUCAUCAAAAGACUCUGUCACAUUUCCCUCAUGCACAGAAGGGUGCUGCAUUUCUUUCACAGUUCAUUUAUUGCCCAGCUGCCUUCAUUAAAUGUGGUGGAACAAGAGGCCUGUUUGGAGGAGGCCGUGACAAUGUUCACCAGCAAACCCUUGAAGACAUUGCAGAAAAAAUCAGAGAACGCAAGUUUAAACGAAUUGUGGUGAUGGCAGGGGCAGGCAUCAGCACACCAAGUGGAAUCCCAGACUUCAGAUCACCCGGCAGCGGCCUUUAUGAUAACCUUCAACAGUACAAUCUACCCUAUGCUGAAGCCAUAUUUGAAAUAAAUUAUUUCCAUCAUAAUCCUAACCCUUUUUUCGCUCUUGCCAAAGAGCUUUAUCCUGGUAAUUACCAACCCAACCUGACGCACUACUUCAUUCGCAUGCUUCACGAUAAGGAACAGCUGCUCAGGAUGUACACGCAAAACAUUGAUGGACUUGAGCGCAUGGCUGGCAUUCCUCCAAAGAUGCUUGUGGAGGCACAUGGAACAUUUGCCACUGCCACAUGCACAGUUUGUCGGAGGGAUUACAAAGGAGAGGAACUUCGGGAUGACAUCAUGGCAGGAACAGUACCCAAAUGCCCAACUUGUAAAGGAAUCAUCAAGCCUGACAUUGUGUUCUUUGGUGAGGAGCUUCCACAGCACUUCUUCACCUACCUUACAGACUUCCCAAUAGCAGACCUGCUCAUUGUGAUGGGAACAUCUCUUGAGGUGGAGCCCUUUGCAAGUUUGGCUGGUGCUGUGCGUGGUUCUGUACCAAGGCUUUUGAUAAAUCGAGACCUUGUGGGGCCGUUUGCCUCGGGGUCCCAACGUCACACUGACGUGGCUGAGCUGGGUGACGUGGUUAAUGGGGUAAAAAAGCUGGUGGAGCUCCUGGGCUGGAAGCAGGAAUUAGAAGACUUAAUGAAUGUUGGCAGAGACAAGUAGUCUUCGGUGGAGAGAGAGGAGUGAGCAAGGAGGAGUGAUGGAGUGAUGGAGUCCUGGGACUAGUUUGAUUUAUUUCUGCCUAAUUUACUGAACAUUCACUGGUUGGCGUGAGUUUUAGUUGGUGUCAAGAAGAUGCACUUGAGUAUAUACUGGGUUGAGGAAGAAGAUCCAAAUCUACUGUAAAUAACCAGGUCACCUCUACACACACCUCUACGAAAUGUAGUGUAUAAUUCACAAGCAAAUAAUGAUUUCAAUAAUGAAGCAAAACGCACUAACAUUUUAUCAUUUUAGUUUUUAUCUUGAACAGUAUGGCAGUGGAUAUGAUUAAUUUAUUCUGUAGCUAACAGCAAUGUUCAGCUGGUCAGUUAAUCUCAGUGAGGUUACUCACAUAAAGAAAACCCCACUAUGAUGAAAGAAUAAAACAGCUUUUUCUAGAAUA